AUGUCCGUCUUGUCUUCCAGAGGAAGCACGUCCGCUGAAGACACGACAGUAACUUUGUCGUCCUUGUCGUCUGAUGUAGAAGUUGCGGGAGGCAGCAGCAAGCAAGUAGAUGCGUCUUUUGAACGAAAAACGGUGCGCCGCGUUGAUAUGCGGCUCCUACCCUUACUUGGGGCUCUCUACGCGUUGGCUCUCAUUGAUAGGACGAACAUGGGCGUGGCGCGCCUUUCAAGCAUGAGCGCAGAUCUCGGACUGGAUGUCGGGGGCCGCUACAGCGUCGUAUCAUGUAUCUAUUUCGUACCGUAUACCCUUCUCGAACUCCCCAGCAAUGUGUGCUUGCGCGCAAUCGGAGCCCGGAAUCUCCUGAGCGGUGCUGUGCAACUGGGAAUGGGCUUCGUUCCGACUUGGGGAUACUUAGCACUCUGCAGGACCCUUCUAGGCGUUCUCGAGAUAGGGGGGAUAUUGCUAUCCGCAUCAUCAUCCCGGUACAAACGCGAUGAAGUUCAGAAGAAGUAUGAGUUGGCUGGGCUGUACAUGACGUCGAUCCUCGCUGGUGGAUUCAGCGCCAUCUUGGCUUACGCACUGAGCCUUCUUGAUGGCAAAGGAGGCCUCGAGGGAUGGUCCUGGAUCUUUGUGAGGAACUUUUACCUUGAAGAUCCUCGACGGGUGUUCCUGAUUCUUUUGCAGAUCAUCGAUGGCGCGGCCACCAUGGUUUUUGGGAUCGCGUCUUGGAUAUUCAUCCCAGACUUUCCCGACAGGAAUAGAUUCCUUACCGCUGAACAGACUGCCCUGGUGUUGCGGCGUAUUGAAGAGGACCGCGGUGAUUCGUUGCCUGAUUCAUUGAGGGGAAAGGUGCUGCUGCAUCUCAGUGAUUGGAAAGUCUGGAUAUUUGGUGAGCAUCUCGACUUUUAUCUCCGUGACUUUGUUGUUCAUAAUAAAUGUAGCCUUGAUGUAUCUGUGUGCAACGGUCCCAGCGUACGCGAUCGGGUUCUUCGUGACUUCAAUUUUGAGUGGGAUGGGUUGGGGUUUGCAGAUGUCUCUACUGCUCCUCCAUACGUUUUCGCGGCUAUUAGUGUCAUAUCCUUUGUGUGGUUGUCGGACAGAUAUCGCAUGAGAGCUUUGUUCCUCGCUAUACAAGCACUGAUGACUAUAAUCGGACUGGUGUUGACGACGUACGCAAGUCGUGCUGGCUGGUGUUACACUGGAAUAUUUUUGGCUAACGCAGGCUGUUCGGCAAGUAUCCCCGGGAUUCUAGCAUAUGCAUCGAACAACAUCGUCUCUCACUCUAAACGGGCAGUCACGACGGCGGUCUGUUGCGGGACGACACAAGUACCUGAUGUCAACCUUAUAUAA